UGGCAUUUCAUUUUAUUGGUAAAAAGUUGAGUGACAUUGGAUCGGAUACUAUCUCAUACUGCCCAUACUGGACUAGGGAUUGCUCUGUUAGGAGUCCAUUGUGCAUCAGUUUCAGAUUCUGUUGACAGUUUCAAUCCACUAUUUAUCAUGCAUGAUCACUUGGAUUUCCAAUCGGCCAAAAACCAUUGUGACGUUGAUGGUUGCAACUCUUUAAAAAGUGAUAAUGAGGGUAUUACAUUUUUUCCCUGUCCUCAGGAUCCUGCAAGAUGUCAACAAUGGAAAGAAAUUUUAGGAUUUGUUGGGACACACCAAUACGCAUCAUUAACCCCACAAGAGUGUUUCAACCGUCUGAAAAUAUGUAACCUACAUUUUGAUAAGUCCUCAUUCUUUAUGUCUGGAAAGUAUUUAUUGAACAAUGCUGUCCCCUCAAAGGCAUUAGUACCAAAAUUAUGUGAUGAUGAAGUAAUAAUAAAACCAGAAGCCUUUUGUGAAACUGAGUAUCUUGAAGAGCCGCUUGUCAAAGCUUGCUACCAAGAAUCAGUAGAUUCUAGAGUUAGGAGCUCCUCUACAACUUCUGAUUUGUCUUAUCAUACAAGAGGUGCUCAAAAUUUAUUGCCAGAAAUAGCUGAAUCUAGUACCAAUUUGGAGGUACCAGUCAAGAAGAGGCUACGGUUCAAAGAUGAAGACGACAUUGCACUAUUACGAGAAGUGGCAAAACAAAAUCCCUUUGCCAAUCCUAAACUAUGGGAUAUAAUUAGACGGAAUGUAGUUAUGCUCACAAGCAAGGACUUUUCACUGAAAACAUUGAAAGAUCAUUUGAAUCUUUUAAUUGAAUUAUGGUGUGAAAAUAAAAAAGCAUUAAAAGCUGGCUUUGCAGUUUUACAAUACCCAGAGAAGGACCAGCUGUGCCAAGAUAUUUUUGACAAAAUGUGGCUAUUUAAGGGAAAAGACAAGAAAAAGACUUCAACAAAACCAAUAAUUGAAUCAGCUAGGACUAGGGAGCAGUGUGCCACAAUUGAAGAUAAAAGUAAACUGUCUAGGGAAGCAGUAGUUGAGUCUCAGCCUGAGCUAAUAGAAGUUUCAUUAGACCAUGAAUAUUGUAGCAAUUUCGAUGAGGAAAAGACACAAAAUGAAACAAACCAUGAAGAAUACUUGAAUGAUAAUUCUUGUGAUACUGCCUCCAGUGUUACAGCCUCUAGUAACAGGGAGAAACAGACCCCUGAAACGAUAAAUAUUUUAUGUCCCAGGAGAUGGAGAAAAAGAAAACGCAAUAUCCAAGAACAAUACAAAAAAGCUCGAAUAAAGUUGAAAAGGAGAGAUCAAGCUCUAGAAGCAAAAAAAAUUGCUUUAGAGGAACGAAAACUAGCUUUAGAAGAAAAAAAGCUUGAACUUUCAGAGAAGAAGUUGAUCGCAGAAGAGUCUGAGAGAAGAGAAUACUUGGACGUUUUGGAAAAACAAAGCCAAAACAUAAAAACAAUGGUAAAGAGACAGGAUAGAAUAAUUGAUUGUUUAAUACUCCAAAAUAGAAAUAGAACUAUUUGAAAUCAAUUUGAAUGUUACAUCUUAAUUUUUAUUUUUUCUAAUGUUAAUUGAAGUUAUAACUUUUUUUUAUUUUUAUAUUAUUAUUAAAUCCUUUAUUUAGCAUAAAAAUUGCUAGUUUACAAUAGUACAAAAUAUAUACAAUAUAAGUAUAUGAAAAGUAAGUAAAAAAUAAAAUGUAAAAUAAUAAAUAAUUCAUAAAAUAGGUAAACUAACAGAACAAAACUUAAUAAUCACAAACGAUACACAAUAAUUUAAAAGUUAUCACAAGAUCAACCAUCCAGUAUAUCACAAUUACCUAGCAUAUAAAUUUUUAGUUUUUUCUUGAAACUCAACAAUGAAGUGCAGUUUUUUAUCUCUUCUGGUAGGUUAUUAAACUCGUUAAAUCCUUUAUGAAAAAUUGAAUUCAUUGUACAUUUUUUACUCUUUGGAGUUAUGAAAAAAUUAUUUCUAUUUCUGGUAUUAUAGUUAUGCACUUCAUUGUUGUAAACUAUUUUGUUUAUAAGGUAUUCAGGAGCACGUCCAAUCUUUAUCUUAAAAAUAAAAACCAAGGCAUUAUACCUUACAAAUUCCACAACCGGUAGCCACUGCAUUACUCUUAACAUUGAGUUUAUUGGUGUAUACUUGCUACAGGAAAGAAUCAUACGCAUAGCCCGGUAUACAAAAAAAUGAAAUUUGCUACAUAGGAAUAAAUAUAAAUUUUUCAAGUAUUUGUCCAUUCUCUGUGACUUCCGAUCCAACCAGCAAUGACUGUAACUUUUCAAUUUCAAAUGAGAUACUUAGGCCUGGAUUCCGAACCCAAAAUUCGAUAGUGUAAGCUUUAUUCGGGUUUGAAAAAAGGAUGGUUAUAGAACCGUUCAAAACAAUCGCACAGUUAUUGAAAUUUGUUAUUGCCG